AUGAUGGUCCCCGGGAGGCUAGACAACAUCCGUACACUGGUUAACAAUGGUUACACAGUUCUUCGUGUGGAGUUGGAGGAGUUCCAGGAGUCUGUGUAUGCAGAGUAUGACAGUUUCUAUAUAGCAGGAGAGGAUGACAAAUAUCGGAUCCACGUAUCUGGUUAUAGAGGAAAUGCUGCUUUUAUUUCAGAGUGUGAAUGUGAUGCAGUUACGCCCUCUAAUGGCAACGUGGUGACUCACACUGUGAAACUAGAUGUCCAUAUGUUCUUGACCAACUGCAUGAACUCGACUGGACAUAUGUGGACGAUGAUACAGCGGAGAGUUGACGGAUCUGUGAACUUCUACAGAGGUUGGGCAGAAUAUAAAAGUGGAUUUGGAGACCUCAAGUCGGAGUUUUGGAUAGGGCUAGAAAACAUCCGGUUACUGGUUAACAAUGGCUACACAGUUCUUCGUGUGGAGUUGGAGGAUUUACAGGAGUCUGUGUAUGCAGAGUAUGGCAGUUUCUAUAUAGCAGGAGAAGAAGACAAUUAUCGGAUCUACGUAUCUGGUUAUAGAGGAAAUGCUGGUGAUGGGAUUUCAUUUCACAAUACUGCGCAAUUCACCACUUACGACGAUGAUAACGACAUCAACAUUUUCUUAAAUGAAGCUCAACAAUGGAGAGGAGCGUGGUGGUAUCACUCAGGGCAUUGGUCCAACCUGAAUGGAGAGUAUGGUAACAACAAACACGGAGAAGGUGUGAACUGGUUUACCUUCAAAGGAUGGUGGAAGUCUCUGUCAGCUACCAGGAUGAUGCUCCGUCGCACCUAA